ACAACAAAGAAGCAGGCAUCAUCAUACGAUCUUGUUUUAUUGGCGUUGCAUCGCAAGAAACAUGUCGCAUGUUCAGACCGGUGCCGAAAAUGUAAUUAAAGGUUAGUUUCCGACAAGCAUGUGUGUAAUGUUAUGCGGAAACAGAAUGAUGUGUCCAUUGCACGGAUGUAAACGUGUGUACACAGACGCCACUGCUUUGGAGAGUCACGUAAAGGACCACGCAAUCCCUGCCCAGUCUCUUAAUGGUAAAGUCCUCCUCUGCUCCACCGUUGGCUGCAGCUGCUCCUUCCCUAAUAUGCAGAAACUGAUGGAACACAUCAGACUUCAUCAUAAACCCAACUUAUUCUUCAUGUGUGAAAAUUGCCGCACAAAGUUGAGAUCGUACCGUGGGCUCCUGACUCACCUCCACACCUGUUCCAAAGUUCCACGAGGGAAAAUCAAGCCCACAGAGCAGACACCCCUUCAAGCAGGUCUAAAUACGCCAGCCCAUCCAAACCCACCUCAGUUGGAGGCAAUGUCCACGCCGUGCCAAACGACCGCUGCCCACGUCCCCAACCCUGACAGCUCUUUGGCUGAUAGCACCUCACCCCCCGUCCUCGUUCCACAAUUCACAUUGAGCCAAGAGACUUUCAGGGGCGGUAGUGGACUCGGAGAAGAACCCAAGUCAACCACUCAUCCCGUUCAAGCAAACCAAUGAACGAGCCCACCUGUAAAAGUGAAGCUUUCUUGUCAGGAAAUCAGUUUAAUGGAGCUUUUCUCAAUUUUUCAUAUCUAUUGUGCUGGACUAAAAUCACAAAUCUAAACUGAAGUAUAGAAAGUAUAAAUAUUAAGUUGAACCUUUAUAUUUCAUUAGAAGAAAAAAAAAACUGUAAACCCAUCAGGACAAAAAAAGUUAAAUUUUUUAAAUUAUUUUUAUUUCUAUUAGAAUGAGAUGUUAGAAGCACUUGACUAAAGUCAUACACUAAUAUACCAACAACCAACCUCAUUCCAUCGUCGUCAUAAUAAUAAUAAUACCACCCCCCCCCCCCAUGCCAAGCCCCUGCAUCAAUGUUUAGACAUCACGUGUUUUAACAAAAAAAAAACAUUAUUGAAUGAUAAUUGUAGAGGAAUAAUGUGUGAAAAGAACAUGAAGGAAAGCAGUUACAUGGUGUCAAUAACUUGUUGGUCCAUCCACUAUUUAGUGUCACAUUCCGCAGUCCCACUCUUAAUUGAAACACAAAGUUUGUAUUUUGCAAUUCACAUAAAACAGGAAACAAGUGCACACACACGAAGAAUCAGACUAGUAUUCCCCCCAGAUGAGAUGCGGUUGCUUUUCUUCUCAGUCGAUGGUUUGAUGCUUUUUAAUAAAAUCUUUUUUGAUGAAUGGCAUAUGUCUUUCCUGCUGG